AUGUUCACAUCAUGCCUUGCACCGCACAAUGCGAGCUGCACACACGCACGUUCACAGGCGGACGGACCGAAAACUGGUGAACGUGUGUGCGUGGGCAUUUCCAAAUCGACACGUGCGUUCGACUGGACAUCAGGAGAUGAACUGCCCCUCCAUCCCACCGAGUUCAAAAUGAAGGAUAAUGGUUGGGCCAGUGGGGAUAGACAAAAUCCUAUUUUUAAACCCACAGGCCUCCCUCUCUUCCUCCCACCUGUUACUUCUGCCAUCCCAUCACUUCCCCUCUCUUCCUCCUCCUCCUCCUCCUCCUCUCUCCUCCCUCAUCUCAAAUCCCCACAUUCGAAUCCGACAAUGCUGACAGGACACCGCGAUAGCGCUACACUCACACACAUCCUCUUUACCUUCGGUAUUACCGUCAUCAUCAACAACAUCGCCAUCACCGUACCUGCUUCUGCGCUGAGCUGA